AUGAAAGCUGGAAAAUUUGAGAGAUUAACGCAGCAAGAAAGUAGCUUGAGUACGGAGCUGGACAGCUUGCGUAGCCGGUAUCAUGAACUGAAUGAAAAAUAUUAUGCUCUAAGCGAACAGUCAAACCUGAAUGCACUGCAGAAUGAAGGAAGAAUCCGUGGAUCGGAGGAAAAGCUGUUAAAUUUGACGCUUCAGUACGAUCAAGUGAUAGUUCGCGAAACAUUGAUGUUUGCUGAACUGGAGCAACAACGAAAGAUUGGUUCUGAACGGGAAGCUACUAUUCAUGAAUUGCAAAACGAACUCUCAGAAUUGAGAAAGUCACUCGUAAUACAGCAGUAUUUCCAUGAAACAGUUUCCUCAGCAUCGAUGUUGCUUGAUCAAGUGACGCAAACUGACAGAAAAUUCAGGCAGCACGAGGAAAUUAUUGCCAGUAAAGAUCAGAUUAUUGCUGGUUCGGGAUUUUUAUUCUAUGUCACUUACAGGCAAAUAAUCGAUGAUUAUCCUGAAGAAGAAAGAUGA